AGUCUGUCUCUGUCUGUCUGUCCGCCCCAUGUCGGACCGUCCAACCCCCGCCUCUCCUGCCUGGACCGGUCCUGUCCGCCGGGCGGCUGCCGGGAGUGGAUGUUCGCGGCUGGCUGUGACAGGAGACUGUGUGUGUGCCGCGGGCCCAGGCGGGUCGGUAUCUCAGACCGAAGCUGCUAUCCGGCGUUCCUUUUGGAUGCAAUGUCGGUACCAAGUCAACUUCUCUAUCCUCUUAUAAGACACUGUGAUCUUGGAAGAAUAUGCCGCUCCAUAUGCUCUUGCCACCAUAAACAUCUUUGCUGCUUGCCAAGCCAGCCUCCUGCAAAUCCUUUCUGGUAUGGAUGUGGAAAAAGGUUUGCCUCAGCCUUUCACCAUCCCAAAGAAUGUAUUCAAAUAAGAAAAUAUGUCACCACUCCACAGAGGUUUUAUCUAACCCCACCACAAGUCAACAGUAUAUUGAAAGCCAAUGAAUACAAUUUCAAAGUUCCUGAGUUUGAUGGGAAAAAUCUAAGUUCAAUCCUUGGGUUUGAUAGUAAUCAGUUGCCAGCCAAUGCUCCAAUUGAAGAUCGCAGAAGUGCAGCUACAUGUCUUCAGACCAGGGGGAUGUUGCUUGGUGUGUUUGAUGGCCAUGCUGGAUGUGCAUGUGCACAGGCAGUUAGUGAAAGACUGUUUUAUUAUAUUGCAGUUUCCCUUUUACCUCAUGAAACCCUCCUUGAGAUUGAGAAUGCUGUGGAAAGUGGCAGAGCUCUUUUGCCCAUUCUGCAGUGGCACAAGCAUCCAAACGAUUACUUUAGCAAAGAAGCUUCCAAGCUGUACUUCAACAGUUUAAGGACCUACUGGCAGGAAUUGAUUGACCUGUAUACGGGGGAGACUACUGAUGUUAGGGAGGCAUUAAUUAAUGCAUUUAAAAGACUUGAUAAUGAUUUGUCUCUGGAAGCUCAAGUUGGAAAUCCUAACUCCUUUCUCAAUUACUGGGUCCUUAGAGUGGCUUUUUCAGGAGCUACAGCUUGUGUGGCUCAUAUAGAUGGUGUGGACUUGCAUGUUGCCAACACUGGUGACAGUAGGGCUUUGCUUGGUGUACAGGAGGAAGAUGGUUCUUGGUCUGCAGUGACAAUGUCUCACGAUCAUAACGCCCAAAAUGAGUCUGAAAUAAAACGUAUCAAAUCUGAACACCCUAAAGAAGAAGAAAAGAGUGUUGUCAAGCAAGAAAGGCUACUUGGCCUAUUAAUGCCUUUCAGAGCUUUUGGAGAUGUUAAGUUCAAAUGGAGCAUUGACCUUCAAAAGAGAGUUGUGGAGUCUGGUCCUGAUCAGUUAAAUGACAACGAGUACACAAAAUUCAUCCCUCCUAACUACCAUAGCCCACCUUAUUUAACUGCUAAACCUGAGGUUAUUUAUCACAAGUUAAGACCCAAAGAUAAAUUUCUCAUAUUGGCUACAGAUGGCCUUUGGGAAACCAUGCAUAGACAAGAUGUGGUGAAAAUUGUUGGAGAGUACCUGACAGGGGUCCACCAUCAGCAGCCAAUAGCUGUAGGUGGAUACAAGGUCACCUUAGGACAAAUGCAAGGGCUCCUUAUGGAAAGGAGAGCAAGAAUUUCCUCUGCGUUUGAAGAUCAAAAUGCAGCCACCCACCUUAUACGGCAUGCAGUGGGCAAUAACGAAUUUGGAGCUGUUGAUCACGAACGUCUUUCAAAGAUGCUUAGUCUUCCAGAAGAACUGGCUCGCAUGUACAGAGAUGACAUUACAAUUAUAGUGGUUCAGUUUAAUUCUCAUGUAAUUGGAUCAUGUCAAAAUCAGGAGCAGUAAAUUAAACAUCUCUUCUGUUUACCAAAGAGGUGCAGGAGAAGGACUAUAGUAAAGUUGAGUUACCUGAAGUCUGCUUUGAGAUUAAUACUCUAAUCAUAACGUAAUAAUUUGAAAAGGGGACAAUAUUGAAACAGCAUGAUUAUAAAUUAUUUUUCUUCUAAAGCACUGUUUUGCCUACUGAAAGCUCAACACUAUAACUGCAAGUUAUGCAACUUUGACACUACAGUUAAUAUUUGCAAGCAGUUUUAUUCCAGACUAGUUCUUUUUAGGAUCAGGUAACCGGAUGAAUGAAAUAAACCAACCUGGGGAAUUACGCAGUCUAGAAUUCUUUAAAUUCACCCCCAGCCUUUAUUUAAUGUCAACAAUGUUCAGCUGCAGCCACUUGGUCUCCACAGUCCCAUUGCUGUGACUCUUUACACUUAACCUUUCAGAGUACUUCUGAUUGUAUUGGUGUAAAAAGAAAAUAAGCUGCAGUAUAACUUCUUUGGGUUCAGCCAGCACCAUUACACCUUCUGAAAAUCCAUAUUAAAAUUUGUACUUCUGCUUAUUAAUCGUACAUAUCCAAUCUUUAAACUGCGUUUCAAAUAUAUUCUUAUAAACCAUGUUAAGUCUGUAAAUUUAAGGAUGACUCAAUUUUCAGUUCUUUAUGUAGUCUUUCUUUUGUUCCAGAGAAUACAUCGUUUUCAUCUGUACUUUUUAUACUGCGAUUUAACCGUAUAUAUCUUGAGAUUUUAAUGGUUUUGGUUUCCCUCUUCCAUAUGCACUACUCAAGCCAUAGGUCAAAUGGGAAAUUGUUUCAGGAUAAGAGUCCCAGAACAAAUCUUUGGUCUGCAACAGGUCUGUUGUAUCUCAGCGGCUUAAUCUGUCAUAAAGAGGGCUUGUGUUAAGGGGUACAGAUAAGCUGUUUAUGUAUUGUACUUUACAUAUGUCUUUGGGUGUAAGAUGGAGAGCAAACUAGUUCAGUAUUUUGUUCCUUACUGCUGCCAACACCAAUGGUAGUGACUUGAGGUUUUCUGAGUAUUCUACUGGAAAAAAAAAAUCAGCGUGUGCUUAAAAAAGCUAUAGAUCUGUCACUAAACCCAGGAAGAUUUUUGACAUGGAAAAUUCUCAAUUCCCUGUCCAGUUAAUAAAGUUCAUUGGGACUUGUCUAAUCACCCCAUUACACAUGGAAGAGUUAAUUUGGGACCCUUGGUUUUACUGCUUAAUGCAUUGUGUAAUGUAUAUUUCUAACUUGUGAUAACAAUUUUAUCUUAGGCUUGUGGGACAACUCCCCACCUCCCCCUCCCAGCAUCCCUGUAUUUUCUAAUAUUGGUUGAUUUACAAGUGUGUUGGUCAAAUGACUUGUACAGUACCACAGUUAAGAAAACAGUCUAACUCAGUUGUUGAGUUAAAACUUAUUUUAUAUUUGUUACAUGUCACAUUGCUGUAGACUAUGCUAUAAAGCCAAUCUUAACUUUGACAAUGGCCUGC